GAAACUUAAGUUCAGCAGUGUUUGCCUACAUUUUAGACACACUCAAGAUGAGGGCACCUGCGACUCUCCUGGCUCUCUCUCUCCUCCAACUUUGUUUGUCGGUUCCCGUCAGCCGUCCGACCAACUGGCUACGACAAUGUCGAACCUCCACUAAUGUCUCCAUCACAGCCCUGGAAGUUCUUCCGGGCGGAGGCUGGGAUAACCUACGGAACAUGGAUAUGGGUCGGGUCACGAACCUCAGUUAUUUCCAUUGCCAGACCACCGAGGACGGACUCUACUUCAUACCAGAUGAAGUUUUUGUCAUACCCCACAAGGAGACAGGAGUGGAGACCAACUCUGAGAUAAUCAGCUCCUGGCAGGAACAGCAAAGCUCGACGUCUCGGGGUAUAAAUGCCGAUGCAUCAUUCUUUUCUCUGCUGAAUGGUAAAUUCUCGACUGAGAACCAGAGGAUGAAAAUCCAUCAGGUCAAAGACUCUUCAACUACAACCAGAGUGCAGGUUCGCAACCUCCUCUACACAGUUCGGGCUUAUCCGGACUUCAGUCUCGAUUCCCGUUUUGCUCAGCAAGCCAAGGAGAUAGCGGAUGCAAUUGAAAACAACCAAACAAGGAAUGCAAACUACCUCUCAGAGAAGAUGGUGUUGGAAUACGGUACCCACGUGAUCACCAGUGUCGACGCUGGGGCUACGUUGGUGGAAGAGGACUACUUGCGUUCCUCGUAUCUGUCGGACAAAACGUCGGAUAGUUCUGCCAUCAAAGCCUCGGCCGGACUCAACUUUUUUGACAAACUCAAGUUUGACAUAAGUAGCCAAACUGUCCAACAGAGCUCGUCACUCCAGACAUAUCAGUCAAACAUUCAGUAUUCGCUCAUUGAAAGCCACGGCAGUAUACCUUUCUACCCAGGGAUCACUCUGCAAAAGUGGCAAGAAAAUACCAGAAACAACCUGGUUGCAAUUGAUCGCUUUGGAUUAGUCCUGCCCUACUUCAUAAAUGCCAACACCUUCCCUGAUCUGCCACAGCCUACUGUCAACAAAGUGGCCAAUUCUGUCAGCAAAGCCAUAGAGCGUUAUUACAAGGUCAACACUCGCCCUGGGUGCGUUGACAUCAACUCCCAGAACUUCAACUUUCAAGCAAACAUCGACGACGCUUCAUGCGACGGCCCCGUAACAAACCUCAGUUUUGGUGGCGUCUACCAAAACUGUAUUCCUCUUUCCCAAAAUGCAGGACCACUGUGUGACACUCUGGCUCAGAAAAAUUUGGAUACAGGUGACUUCUCCUGUCGAGCACCUUACUCGCCUACUUUACUGAGAUCAGAGGUGAGACAGCAAGCUUACAGCGUAUACGAAUGUCAUGAUGAGACAUACCGAUGCGGGAUCUUUCACUGGUCCCACUGUCAUCGUCAAGUUUGUCAGGACAACUCGUACGUCCGCUUGGCUCGCAUAAACACCUACUGGUGUUCGGUCAGUGGCGAGGCUCCGGAAAACUCCGGGUAUCUCUUUGGAGGGAUCUAUAGCCCUUCCCUCUUGAACCCUAUCACCAACUCUAAAACCUGCCCAAGAAAUUAUGUGCCUCAAAAGUUUCUUUCAGACGGUCAAGUGAUUUGUUUGAGCAAGGACUACGAGGCUGGCACAAAAUAUGCCGUACCAUUCGCAGGCUUCUUCAGCUGUGAGUCAAACAACCCUUUGGCGGGGCAACAACGUCGCUGCCCCCCCAAGUUUAGUCAACAUCUUGCCGCCCUCAGCGAUGGUUGUGAAAUCCUUUACUGUGUCCAGUCGGGAUUAUUCACAGGCGGGGAGCUUCUUCCAAUCCAUCUCCCUCCUUUUACUAGGCCACCGCUCCUUACUGUAAAAGCCACCAACACAGUAAUGGUGAUGACUGAAGGUGAAAAUAGCUGGGUAAGAGUCGGAAACACCAAGACCUGGAAACUUGCAGAACCCAAAGAUGUUCAGAGCAUUUUAAGAAGCUUUAACCAGAACCAGAGUCAGAUGUCCGGCGGAGAAAAGGCAGGGGUAGCAUUUGGCGUGAUAGCCAUGGUAGCUCUGGUGCUCGUGGGAGUCGUCUUUGUCAAAAGAAGACUGUCCAGGAUGACCUUAAGCAGAGGUUACACAGAAAUACGCCAAGAAGACACCGUAGACGAAGAAGAUGAGACACCGAUUCUGCAAAACAAUGCAUGACAAAUGAGGGCUGACAUCUUUUGAAUAUUGUAAUCACGUGAUUCAAAUAGUUAGUAAUCGUAGAUCUUAAGCUUGAAAUGUUAUGCACUGGCACUCGAGUGAGCAAAGAGUUCAUUUGUUAUUAAUGGUACCUUGACUUACGAGUUGAAUUUGGUUUGUGAGCACGCUUCUGACAUAAAUCAUUCAUAUCGCAAAUCAGAUUUCUCCACAUUAAAAGGAAUGAAAGCGCCAUUAAUCCGUUCCAACCACCUGCCAAAAAUCAUCAACAGGUUUAUGUAACAUGUUUUUCAAUGAGAAAAAGGGAACUGUCCAUCUAGUACUGUACAAUAAAACAUACUGUAAUAAUAAUUAUAAUAAUAAUUAUAAAAGAGCGUAAGGAAAUUUCAUUUUCCCCCUUCAUUGUUCUGUUUUUUUUUUUUACUAUUACACCAUCUUCACUGGCGGGUUUACAACUCUUUAUGUAGAAAUUUACACUACUUGGGAAUUUCGUUACACUCCUGGCAGACAUUCUUGUAUGAUAAAUAAUAAUGUUGCCUAUUUGUGGAUCUGUUAUUUUUUUUCAAUUAAACGAGUCAAUGGAAAUUUAAGUACUACUGACAUGAACGUAAAAGAAAUUUAUGCUGACAGAAUGCAAUAAAAGUAGUAAUCU